AUGUCCUACUUCACCGAGCACUUCUGGGGCGAGAAGAACCACGGCUUCGACGUGCUGUAUCACAACAUGAAGCACGGGCAGAUCUCCACCAAGGAGCUGGCCGACUUCGUCCGCGAGAGGGCUGCCAUUGAGGAGAACUACGCCAAGGCCAUGGUGAAGCUGUCAAAGAUGGCCACCAACGGCACCCAGCUGGGGACUUUUGCUCCGCUGUGGGAGGUUUUCCGCAUCUCCUCGGACAAACUAGCCCUGUGCCACCUGGAGCUGAUGAAGAAGCUCCAGGACCUCAUCAAGGAGAUCUCGCGCUACGGCGAGGAGCAAGGCCGGGUGCACAAGAAGUCCAAGGAGGAGGUGUCAGGGACGCUGGAGGCCGUCCAGCUGCUGCACGGAGUGGCCCAGAUGUUACCCAAAUCCAAGGAGAGCUACCACAGCAAGUGCCAGGAGUACGAGCGGCUGUGCAAGGAGGGCACCAGCCAGAAGGAGAUUGACAAGGCAGAGCUGAAGUCCAAGAAAGCGGGGGAGGCGCUGCGGCGGGCGGUGGAGAAAUACAAUGCUGCCCGUGCCGACUUCGAGCAGAGGAUGCUGGAUUCGGCCGUGCGCUUCCAGGAGGUGGAAGAAGCCCACCUCCGCCACAUGAAGGGGCUCAUCGGCUCCUACUCGCACUCCCUCGGAGACACCCACGUCCGUCCAGAUCGGGUGCAUGAGGAAUUCAAGCAAAAUGUGGAAAACAUCGGCACCGAGAUGCUGCUCCGGAGAUUUGCCGAAAGCAAGGGCACGGGGCGAGAGCGACCAGGAGCGUUGGAUUUUGAGGAAUACCGACUGGCCCCAGCACAGGAAGGACCCAAGAGGAGCCGUAGCAAAGCUUUCCGGAUUCCUGGGUUGAGCCGUAAGGAGAGGGAUCGGGAUGCUGUGUAAGAUCCCUGCGCAAGCACCUCUCUGAGCAUCUCCCCGCAGGGCUGUCCAGAGGUGGACGAGGACGGCUUCACCAUGCGCCCCGACGUUGCCCGCAGUAUCCUUACAGAGAACCACGUCUGCUCCUCCAGCGACUCCGACUACGACGAGGACGAACCCCGCAAAUUUUACGUCCACAUCAAACCCAUGCAGCCUCGGGAGGCAGGCAGCAAUGCCGAGGCCACCAUGGAGCAGCUCAAGGCCACCGUGGGCAACCUCAUCCUGCCCCCCAGCUUCGGGGGCACCGUCAAGCGGCAGUCAUCCCGUGACGGCACAGGGAGGGGGUGCCCAGCAGCGCAGGUGAACAG